AUGGCAGAGACGCUGGUGCAGAUGCAGAUGCAGAUGCAGAUGCAGAUGCAGAUGCAGAGCGGCCGGCAUGCCACCACCACCACCACCACCACAGCCGUCGCUCUGCCACGGCCACGGCCCGAGACGGCGCCUGGACAAGGUCGCGGCACUGCUUCUGCUUCUGACAGUCGGGAUGACUUUUCUGUGCAACCGCUGCAGCCAACGACGCCCACGCAAGACGGGAGCCUGCACACGCCCCAUUCCUCUUGCGACACUGCCGCAGCCCUUGCCUCUCUCCGUCCGCGUCGGGCUGCCCGGCUCCUAUCCGCUGCUCCCCCAGCCGACGACAUCCCAUGUGCAAAACCACUCCCGUCCGCCGCCACCACAGCAUCGUCACGCAAAGAAACAGACAAGAGAGCACCGUCCAGCGAGCAGCAAGCGCUUGUCCACUCAAAGAAAGCUGCAUACCUCCCACGUGCUCGUGCCGUCUCUGCCCAAGCCGCACCGCCCGCAGCCGUUUGGGGACAGGAGAAGCGUAGUACAAUCUGCCCGGCCUUGCUUUCCGGUCAAGCGGCCUCACAGUCCCUGCUUGACCUCCUUGUCCUGCUUGACUUCAUCCACGCCCGUUGUUUGCCGCGUAUUGGCUGGCCGGCAGGGCAGCCCGUCACCGCUCAGCCAGAGAGGUACACCGCCAACGCUGCCAGCGACCAGCAUGCCGUCACCGCGAGGCCGCUCCGAGGCGGUUGGCAGCUGUCCGUGGCGAGACCAGAAGCUUCACCGUUGGCCACGGCCAGCAUACGUGGUCACUGCCACGCAUCCGAGAACGUACCCAUCAACACGCCAGGCCUUGUGUAA